GUUUGGUUUUUCUACUUCUACGAAAACGCCGUGCUCACACCCACAAGAGAAAACGUGAUUAGCUAUUGCAUGGCAUGGAUGGAGAACGUGAAGAUCAUCAAGGGCCAAGGGAUCUUGUCCUCCCCGAGAACGUGGGGUUCGGCCCGCCUGGCGUGGCGCGACGCUGAUGGCUAUAUGCAGUAACUCUUCGUGGACGGAGAGGAUAUUUGUAGGAAGAGAAACUCUUGUCACGCAUGGUCGAAUUGUGAACUCAUUGCGUCUCGACCAUUAUGUGCGUCGGCCAUGAAUUUGAUGGCUGGGAUGAAGUAGGCUUUGAUAGAAAGUGUAAAGAGAUGAUUUUGCUUUGAGUGCUAUCCACUUGGGACCCGCCACGCCCAUACCUUUUCCGGGUGGCCAUCGUCUGCUUCGCUCUUUUUCUCUCUCUCUCUCUCCUUUUGGAUUGGUGGAUUUAUUCAUUUAUUUUCGGAGUGAUAUUCUCAGAAUUUGUGUGGAAAUGCUGUCAGUGCGAGCCCUCUUCUCAAGCCGAGUCUCCGGAUCUUCCUCGUGCAUAUCUAUCCACACUCUCCUUUGAGUUUCCCUUUUUUCUUUUCCUUUUCUUUCUCGGGUUGCCUCCGUUUCUCGUGUUUAUUUUUGGGCAGUUUGUUCUGUUGGGUGCCCUUUUCUCUCCAAUGAGGAAGUCCCUGCUUAAAAACACUCCCUCGAGGUGAUUUUGUUUGUUUGGAUGCUCGUGGAUGAGUUCGGAUGCGUGCCUCUUUUGUUCCAUUUUGGGGUGUACAUGUGAUCUUGUGAGGUGGGUCGGCCUUGGAAUCUGUGGAUUUGUCCCUUUUCAGGCAGCUUGCUGAUGUUCUUGGUCUCGUUUUAUGAACUGGAGCCAUUGCCUUUCGCGCAUUGAGGUUCUUGGGUCCUUAUGAACUCGCCUCCAAGCCGUUGUGGAUUAUGUAUAGAUGAAGAUGGACAAUUCUGCUGUGUUGUCGUAAUGUUGGUUGUUGAUUUUGUGUGAAAAAGGAGAGGACUGUUGCAUCUGAUUGGGUGUUCUUGAGGGAAAACUUGAAUUUUAUGAGCUGGAUGGUCUGAGACGAGUGAUGAGGGACUUUUUUGUGCUUUUGUGGAGGGUUCUUGAAAUGGGUUGAAAUGGGGUGUACCUGAGCAAUUUUUGGUUGGGAAAGAAAAGGCAAAGAUGAAGUAUGUGGAGCUUGUGACGAGGAGGGAAUCAGGGAAAAUGAGAGAAGUGAAAGACGAUGAGAAGUAGAUUAAUACGAGUCCGAUGUUUCCGAGAUUUCAUGUGAAUGAUGCGGAAAAAGGGGGGCUGAGAGCACCUCCCAGGAACAAAAUGGCUCUCUAUGAGCUGCUCAGCAUUCCUUCACAAAGGUUCAACUCUCAAACGACAUCGUUAUUGCCCCUUCCACUCAACCAGGGCGGCUCUUUAGCUUCUUCGGCGCCAUGGCUUUUUGUGUACUGUGAUUAAUCGGUAGGUCAUAUGGUGACUGUAGGGUGGUGGAAACCAAAGCAAUGCGUUGACACCUUUUUGUGGCUCAGAGGUCACUCAUCUUACAAGGAAACCUGAACUGCAUGCUUCCGCCGGCGACUCUUUGAUGGAAAAUAGAGAGAUCAACUUGAUGCAAUCACGUGGUUCAUCACAUUUCGAGAGAGUUGCUCUGAGGAAACGCAGAAAUGCUGAUGAUUUUACUGUUGCAGCUCUUGCCAAGAGAGUAUUAAUUCCCGAUGGUGACUGUAAGCACAACAAAAAUCUCAAGCUUAAUCCUGACUUACACAUGGGCGAUUCAAGCCAAAGUAGGAGUUCUCGAGAAAAGCAGAUUGACCCUACAAGAUUCACCAGCAUGAAGUCAAAACAAUGCACAAGAAAUCCAUUACUGGACAAUCAAGAAGUGUCUUUGGCAAGUCAUGAGAGGCCAGUCACAUUAAGUAGGGAGAAAACAGAUGCAUCUUUCCCCCCAUUAAGCAAAGACAAAAAAUCUGAAACUUCAGAAGGAUCUCAUCCAUCUAUAAUUGGAGAAUGUAGAAGCAGUUUGGUUGAUGGGUUGAAUGGGUUAGCAUGUUCGAAGAUUUCAAUGGGUGAGGGGUGUCCUGUCCAGCAAGAAAUAUCAAUGGUUAGAGGUGAAGUUUUAGAGGAAUUAAGUAAGGGCAAUGCUUCAAGCAUGAGGAGUAGAUUGCGUUCAAAGCCAUUGAUUGAGAAUGAGAAAAAUAGUGCAAACGGGCCCGAGUGUGACAAUAAUGAUCAUGAAGACGGUGAACAUCCCAUCCGAGCAUCAGAAGGAAAUGGAUGUAGUGUCUUGGACCGUUCGGAAGAGUCUCCAUCUGCUUUGUUUAUGUUGCCGGAUGACGUUGUUGGAGUAAUAGGUGAAAAACAAUUCUGGAAUGCGAGAAAAGCCAUUGUCAAUCAGCAGAGGAUCUUUGCGGGGCAAGUGUUUGAGUUGCAUAGGCUAAUAAAGGUGCAGAAACUUCUUUCAAGAUCUCCUCAUCUGCUCGAAAGUAGUCUCUGUUUUGGGAAGCCUUUAGUAGAACUCCAUGCAGUAAAGUCAGUUCCAUCCGAACGUCUCAUAGAAGCAACAACACUGCUGAAUAGCAAUUCGCUAAGCACCCAAGAGAGGAACGCAACCUCAACGGUAAAACUUCCUCUUCCUUCAAAAAAUAGUGACUUCAGCAAGAAGCUCGGUGAGCGACCAGAACAAAGCCAUAAUUCAGAAACUUCAAAUCAAGCAGCUUGCAAACCGGCCCCGUGGUGCUUCCCACCCAUUGGAAACCGGUGGCUAGUUCCUGUGAUGAGCCCCCCGGAAGGGCUCAUUUAUAAGUCCUAUUCUGCGGUGUGCCCUCCAGGAGGAGGCGCUGUUGGACCCCUUUAUGGCGGUUGCGCGCCUAUAAGCUUCGAUUCCAGGGGCAACGAUGUAAGCACGACAUUUGGUAUCCCGGCUUCCCACCAACAAGCCAUGGGAAUCCUUCCCAGGGUUCCUCCAGUGGGCCAAACCUUCUUUCUGCCUUGGGGAAUACCGUUGAUGAAUCCACCCGUUGCUAGCUCAGCCGUCGAACAGAUGAGCAAUCCGUUUAUUUUGGGCUCUCAAUUAAAUCCGCAGGUCAACCAGUGGUCGACUGGGAACGUCAACUUCAGUCAACCGCACCAGAGUUCCUGCAACGUGUCGAUUCAGGUAAGUCGAGUAAUCUCGUGUCGUGGCAGCAAAAGUCAAACUGUGAAGGAAAAUAAGCUUCAGGGAAGUACUGGAAGUAGUCCCCCCGAUAGGUUAGGAGGAGCUGCGCUUCCUCUCUUUCCUACAGAUCCAACAAAGUCAGAUCAUAAAGCGCAGGUGCAUUGCAGCAACCAGCAAGAAAAGGUGAUCAAGGUUGUACCUCAUAACCCGAGGUCGGCCGCGGAAUCGGCAGCUCGUAUCUUCCAAUCAAUACAAGAAGAAAGGAAAGAAACGGCAUGAGUAGCCCAUUUUCAUGUCCCAGAUAAUUACUGUAUUAACUAAUACCUGCUAAGCAGAAAGUGACCAGAGGGCCUAGCGCCUCAGUCGAACAUAUGGAUUUUUUUUUGGGUCCGUGCUACCUGACUUAUUCUUCAAAUGCAUAUAUGCUUCUGAGUGGUUGACAAUGAAAUUUCUUCGAGUCUUAUCUUACAAUGACAAGCGUGUUGUAUGAGCACAGGCUCUUAGCAUUUAGCU